UGCAAGAUAGCACCGACACAGCACGCUUACCCACCAACCGACAAACGGACCGCCUUCUAUCGUGUCAUUCAUAGACAUAAUCCACAGUGCAUGAAAUUUGUCAUAUCCUAAACCCUACGUUUGCCUUGAUUCAUCCUUUUCCCUCAUCACCUUGCCCUAGUAUUGUGCUUUUGUGGCGGAGGUAAUAACGGUCCAGUAUCCCCCGAUAUCUAUCGGUAUACCUCACAUAGUCUCAUCCGUAUGGCCGACACUGAUGCAGCGAAGGCUGAGAAGAUAGCUGCGGCGAAGAGAAGGUUUGAGCAACUCAAGAAACAGAAGGGGAAAAAAAAGGGUUCGGUAACUCCAGCGUCUACAACGGGCGAGACGAGUAAAUCGCCCGUGCAAACGGAGCAAGCGGAAGCAUCGGAAGCCCCUUCCCCAACCGAGGGACAACUGGUAGAGGAAAAUGCGAAAGAACUAGCGGCCGAGGCAGGAGAGGUUGCCGAAACUCCCGCUGCUGCUGCGGAGGUGGUUAAUUCAGAUGCAUCCUCACCGAUGACCCCCGCGGAUCCCGAAUCCUCGCAUUCACCGGUUGCCUCGUUGGGCGGCGCAGGGGCUGCGGCGCAUUCUAGAGCUGCGUCGAUACAUGCUAGACGUCAGUCGGCUUCGGGAUUUCGGAGGCCAUCCAUCACCGCCGCGGACAUUGUGAGAUCUUCGAAUAAGAGCCCGUUGAGUCCUGGGGAGACAGUGCCGGAUAUCUACCGGAAACAGGCUACUACUAUAUCGGAGCUUACGGAGUCGGUAGAGAGGCUGGAGGCGGAGGUGGAAAGGUUGAAGGAGAAGGAGAAGAAGCUUAGCGAAGUUACUGUUCAGAAAGAUGAGGCGCAGGAGACUUUGGCCGGUGUGAAGACCGAGCUCAAAGAAGCUGUCGAGAGGGCUGAAGCUGCGGCUACCGAGAGGAAGGCCCGGGAAGAGGAGCUUGAGAAAUUGAAAUCAGAAGUUGCAACCCUCACUCGGCAAAUGUCACAUCUCACAUCCCAGAUUUCGCAGAAGGAUAAGGCUAUCUCGGAUCUAAAGCUCCAUUCAUCUUCAUCUUCUUCGACGCAGGAUAGAGAAUCCCUCACCGCAAAGGAGGAUCAGAUUGAGAAUAUGGAGAUGGACAUAAGCAAGCUUCGAGGUGACCUCGAGAGAGCUAACAAGAGUCUUGCCGAAAGUCAAUCCGCGCUUGCUACUGCUGAGGGCAAGGUGAAAGGUCUGGAGGAAUCGCAGGAGGAUGUUGCAAAAGAGCUUGAGGAAAAUAAGAAGAAGUUAGAUAAAGCUGCAGAACGCCUUGUUGCCGAGGGUGCUGCUAGGAGCUCUGCAGAGACCAAAAUCACAUCUGUCCAAGCAGAGUUUGAAUCAGCCAGUGCAACUGUAAAGAGCCAAGCCGGCAGUAUAUCAUCCUGGGAAAAAGAUUACAACACUCUCAAGACCAUGUAUCGAGACACAGAUAUGAAGGGUCAAGAAUCGCAAAAGAAGGCUUCAGCUCUAGAAAGGGAGAACAAAAACCUAACCACCCAAGUCUUGGAACUAAGGAAGCGCACUACCCACCUAGAAUCCGAGAAUGCCACCCUAAGGAGCUCUCUCGAGAAGGCCAUCAGCGACGCAAGACGGGGCACCGGCUCAAUGCCGCAGGAUGACGAACUCGUCGACGAGCUCGAAGACGAUGGACGUAAACGCUUAGAGGCAAAAGUCCGGCAAUUAGAGCAGCAAUUGCAGCAGGAGCGCAGCCGCUGGUACACUAGCGAGAAGCAGGGGCUAGCGUCUGCAUCCGCACCCCCGCGCUCUACCCAGCAGCACCAACAGGAAUUCUUGGACGUGGACUUGAACGCUGGUGACGGCCAGCACCACCCGCGUGGUGGUGGCAACGACCAUUUAUACGCUGCGCAGAUGGAGGAGGAGAGGAGGCAGAUGGAAGCGCAGAGGCUCGAGAGGAUCAAGGAGGUCAAGCGGGGUUUGGCGAAUUGGAAGGGGUGGAGGCUGGACAUGACGGCCGGAGGGGGGUACGGAGUUAACUUUAGAGAGAUGUUUGAGGUUUAGAUGGCUGGGCCCCUUUCUUGAGAAUGGGGGGGCGCCUUU